AUUUGAGAGUGCAAUGAGAAAUACAAAUAAUAUAAUAUAUAAUGAGUAGACCCCAAGUAGAGAUUUUAUGGAAUCACGAAGAUUGGUAGUGGCAUGACCAAGGUGCUUCAAAAGAAGGGCAGUUGACAAGGAAGAAAGGUUGUUGAACUUUUUGCUUCCUAAUACCUUGUCUUGCCAAAAUAUUUUAUGCAGAUUCCUUUAUAAAGGGGUUAAAAAAUGUUAUAAAGCUCAUUCACGCUUGUCAUCAUGAAUAAUUAAUUUCUCUAUGCAUUAAUUUUGCAAACCCCACUGUUUGUUUUAACAUGUAACUAACAAAAUAUUUUUGCGCAAGUUGAUUUUAUUUAUUUAUUUAAUAUUUUCCCUCAUAAUAUAAAAAAUGUCUUAGAAGAAAGACAUGUUGUGGUAGGCUUUCUAGCCUCAUGUGCUCUCUUUAAGCUUGAGCAUCAAUUUCUGUUUUUCUUGUCCGUUUUUCAAGCUCAUCUUCUAAUAAAGGGCCAAAAAAAAAAAAAAAAAAAAGAGAGAGAGGGAAAAUGGGUAGAGCUCCAUGUUGUUCAAAGGUUGGUUUGCAAAGAGGACCAUGGACCCCCAGAGAAGACACAUUGCUGAUGAAGUACAUUCAAGAACAUGGGGAAGGCCGUUGGAGAUCUUUGCCUAAGAAAGCUGGGCUACUAAGAUGUGGGAAGAGUUGCAGGCUUAGAUGGAUGAACUAUCUCAGACCAGAUAUCAAGAGAGGAAACAUCUCUGCUGAUGAAGAUGACCUCAUUGUCCGACUUCAUUCCCUCCUCGGAAACCGUUGGUCCCUCAUUGCCGGAAGACUUCCCGGUCGAACUGAUAACGAGAUCAAGAACUACUGGAAUUCUCAUCUCAGCAAAAGACUCAAAAACAACAAGGAACAAACUAGCAAAAACCCUACUACUACUCAUAAAGGAGCACCAAAAUGUGAACAGAAGAAGAAGAGCAAUAAGAAUGAUGGUAGUAUUGCUCAUUGUGAAGAAGAAGAAGAAGAAGAAGAAGAAAUAAUUACAAAGACCAAGGUUCAUCUCCCAAAACCCGUUAAAGUUUCUUCAUUUCCCAAUUUAACAUGGAGCAACGACAGCUUUGAUUAUGGUAUGGUAAUUAGUAGUGGUACUUCAUCAUCAAGUCAAGGAGAGGGAGUUUCUGAUGCAGAGGUUUUGAAUGUUCAUCCAUUUUGGCCUGAGCUUGUUAACGAUGCUAUUAUUCAUUUUGAUUAUGAAGGAAAUAGUACUACUGACCCUUCAAGCCAAAACAAUGUUGCUGCUGAAAAUCAAGCUCAAGCUCAAGAUCAUAAUAUGCUUGAUAAGAUCUAUGAAGAAUAUCAACAACUUCUCAAAGCAGAGGAUCAUCAUGACCAAUUGGAUUCUUUUGUCCAAUCCUUACUAGUUUGAAUUGGUGCCAAUAAAAACUAUCACAAUCAGUGUCUUUUGAAACUGUAGAGUUUUUAGUGAUGAACCUCUUCCUUAUUGCCAACCUUUUGUCAUUUUCUUCUCUGUUUUCUUGUAUUUUGCAGGAAAUAAUAGUAUAUAUAUAAAUAUUUA